AAUCAAAGGAAAGGUCUGCAGUGAGGAGAGUAUUUUAUUCCGUGAUAGAACUAAUAACUGGUAAAAGGACGUCAGACUCAAGAUGAGCACAACUUCGACGAUCGCCAAACGGCUUGCGUUCUUGUUCCUCGUUAUAUGGUUACUUGAUGGCAAUUCAUUUUAUGCGCAUGCCAGUUGCGACAAAUUCAGUUGUCCCAGAAGCAAUAACUGCAUUGGAAACAGAUGUGAUCCUGCAUGCUUUGAUAGAAAUGAGACCUGCCAUCAAAGUUGCCGCAACGAAGGCUGUUCGAUGGCAUGCCACUCUGCCGUGGAGAAAUGCGAACAACGCGGUUAUUAUGGAGAAAUGUCCUGCGAAGCAAGCAACAAGUGUGAUCAGGAAUGCACAGACGGAGAAUGUUCAUCAUCUUGCAACAAUACUAAGGAGUGCGAACAAGAAUGUAAAGACGGAUCAUGUUCAUUGUCUUGCGAUAAUAAUAGUAAGUACUGUGCUCAGAUAUGUGACGUCGCAAGCUGCACCGCAAAAUGUAAUGAUGGUGUGAAACACUGCUUGCAAAGGUGCUCCGACGGUAAAACCUGCCAGCAAACAUGUAAUGCCAACGAGACGUGCCAACAAGAAUGCAGGAAAGGAUCUGGAGAUUGCUCAUUGUCCUGCGAUACAAAAUUCUGCAAGCAAGAUUGUUACAAAGAAGACUGCCAAGCGACAUGUAAUACUGGAAGCGAAGCCAACGGGGCGUGCCGACAGAAAUGCCAUGAAGGAAAGUGUUCAUUAUCUUGCAACACGAGAGACUGUAAGCAAGAAUGCUACGAAGGAAAAGAGUGCCAUGCAACGUGUAAUACUGGAAACGGAGCCAACGAGACGUGCCGACAGAAAUGCCAUGAAGGAACGUGUUCAUUAUCUUGCAACUCGAGAGACUGUGAGCAAGAAUGCUACAAAGGAAAAGACUGCCAAGCUACGUGUAAGACUGGAAGCGGAGCCAACGAGACGUGCCAACAGAAAUGCUAUAAAGGAAAGUGUUCAUUAUCUUGCAACUCGAGAGAGUGUCAGCAAGAAUGUUACAAGGGACAAGGCUGUCAGCUGACGUGCAAUUCCAAGAAAUGUAAUCAAGUUUGUGAAUACGAAGGUUGUACAGCAACAUGCGGCUCUAAUGUCGAAGAAUGCACGCAGGACUGUAAGAACGGAGGAAAGUGCGUGUCAUACUGCAACGCGAAAAAAUGUAUUAAAAAAGGCAGCCAAUGGAUCCUAGGAUCCAAUGGUUCAAAGAGUAAAUACGGCUGUGUAGGAAAGCGGAAUACACACGGUAUCUCACUGAUUGCCUUGCUUGUUGUUUUUCAAGCUAUUUGA